CACGUCCCCUUACGGAUGGACCUCCUUUUCUUCCUCCCUGCGUCAACCUCACUGCAAACGAACCUUGCAUCUCCUGCUUCGAUCCACCCAAUUCUUCUCCAACUCAAACCCUAGAAGCAAUCACUUGGCAUCACCCCGGCGAACCGCAGAGCUCCAAUUCCAGCCCCGGCCGGGCCAUCUAUUGGCUACUGUUAUCUCUAGCGCCGGAUUCGGCUUCGGCGCGAUGUCUUGGGCCGGGCCCGACGAGAUGCUCCUCUCCACCUCCCUGGCUGGCUUCUUAGACAAGAAACUUAUUGUCCUACUACGAGAUGGACGAAAGCUACUUGGCACGCUCUGCUCAUUUGAUCAGUUUGCAAAUGUUGUUCUUCAGGGUGCAUGUGAACGAGUAAUUGUAGGAGAAUUAUAUUGUGAUGUUCCUCUUGGUCUGUAUGUGAUCCGGGGAGAGAAUGUUGUAUUAAUUGGAGAAUUGGAUCGUGAGAAGGACGAACUCCCUAGUCACAUGACUUGCGUCUCAGAGGCUGAUAUAAGAACGGCUGAGAAAGCAGAAAAGGAAGCAAGAGAUCUGAAAGGCACGAUGAGGAAGAGGAUGGAGUUCCUAGACUUUGAUUAAAAUCCAUUGGUCUCCUUGAUAGUUGUUGACCCUUUGUGGCCGCUGGUUUUUUAUGGCGGCUCUUGCUAUAUUUAUGGGUAAAUGGAAGCCCUUGGUUGCACUCUGCCUCAUAUGCUUCUUGUUUAGCCAAAUGAAUUGGAUCGGGGAGUUUCGGUGAACAGCUUGUUUUUCAGUAGCAGUGCAUCAUGUAUUCUUGUAUUCCUACAGUUUCGCUUUUCUUGGGAGCUCCUAUCUCGCCCUGCAUUUGUAUUUUCAUGUUCCUUUUACCUUUCUGUUUUCUUUUUCCAAUGGCAUUAUGACCCCGCAGGAUCGUUCGGCUGUCAUGUCUGGGUUUGUGCAAUAAUAUCUCCAGUCUGUUUC